AUGCACAAGAUUGAAAUGGGAAAUGAAAGCAUAUUACUGCGUGCUUGCUGUCUGGUGGUCAUUUUACUUUUAUUGCCAUCUCCAUUAUGUAAGCCCAUUACUGGGCCUGCUAAAGUUUGUUUUGUUUUAUUAUGUUUCUUUGUUAAUGUAGAGACUCUCAAGAGUAUCCACCCAUUUCUCUCAGUAUAUAUAUACCCCUUUUCAAACACAAUACACAAACAUCUCAAGCACUUGCGUUCUCUUGUAACUCAUCUAUCCAAUGGCCUCCACAAUGGCUCUCUCCUCCCCUUGUCUCGCUGGAAAGGCGGUGAAGCUCACCCCUUCGGCAGCCUCGGUGCUCUCGGCUGCGUCUUCCCUGAGCUUCUGGCCCGCAACGGCGUCAAGUUCGGCGAGGCUGUCUGGUUCAAGGCCGGUGCUCAGAUCUUCAGCGAGGGAGGUUUGGACUACCUGGGCAAUCCUAGCCUUGUUCAUGCUCAGAGCAUCCUCGCGAUUUGGGCUACUCAGGUCGUUCUCAUGGGAGCUGUUGAGGGAUACAGAGUUGCUGGUGGGCCUCUCGGUGAGGUGGUCGAUCCUUUGUACCCCGGCGGCAGCUUCGACCCGUUGGGGCUCGCGGACGAUCCGGAGGCUUUUGCUGAGCUGAAGGUGAAGGAGAUCAAGAACGGUAGGUUGGCGAUGUUCUCGAUGUUCGGGUUCUUCGUUCAGGCGAUCGUGACCGGAAAGGGGCCUUUGGAGAACUUGGCUGAUCACCUCGCUGAUCCUGUCAACAACAAUGCCUGGUCCUAUGCUACCAACUUUGUUCCCGGAAAGUGAGGGGAUAAAUAGUUUCUUCCUCUGCAACAACAAUUGCUUUGUUCUGGAGGUUGAGACCGUUGGUGUUGUAAAUUAAAUUCUCUGGGUUGCAAAUUGUAAUCUGUUUUCAUUUUUUUAAAGUAAUUCUCGUGUGAUUGUGUGGAUUUGGCCUAUUUCA